GGCUGGUGUGAAGUCUGGACCGUACAGAUCAGUCGUGGUUCUGGCUGUGAUUUUGGGAAUGUCUUCACUGAGUCUUAGUAAAAGCUGUAAAAUGGAUAAAAGCUGCACAAGCAUCGUCGUGAUUGACGGUAACUACACAGGACCGAUGGAGAUGCCAAACAGCACUUGUCCAAAUUACUCUGUUUCAUCGGCCAGUGACACAGUCUGUAUCUUUUCAUUUGAUACUGUGGCAGAGACAUUCAACAAAAUUAUAACACAAACGACAACUACAGCUCCAACAUCAACAAACCCAGUAGGCUGUGGAAAAGGCAAAAAUAAACCGUGUGACAACAUUUCAAAGCUCUCUAAACGAUCCCAGGAAUACUUGAAAAAACAUCCCAAUAUCCUACGACAGCUCGCGGGUUUGUCAGACGUUGAUAUUGAAAACUUUCUGCAGUCACUCAAUAAUACUGAUAUAUACAACUGUACAUAUGCAGACACUGGAAUGUGGUUGAUAGAAGAAAAUGGCACAUACCAGCUCCUCUUGACCAGAGAUAAAGGAAUCAGACCCACACAAAAAAUUUACUUCCUAAAUGGUGCAUGUGGCACAACCGGGCAACCGUGGACGGGAGAAAACUUCACAAAAUGCACUGGAAAUCAAGAUCUGGUCUAUGAAACGGGAGGGUGCUAUAUUACCUGCCUGGAUCCAGCUUCGUUUUGCAACAAUGCCACAUACAUAAACUGUGAUGACAACCCUUUUAAUGAUGACAACAUCACACUUAACCAGCACCCAUUUUGUUCAAAGUGUGGGAGUCCUGUACAAACACCAGACGUACAGAUUAAUAUGGACAACAUGUCAAUCCCUGAUUUAAAGGCAGAUACUACGGCAAAGUCUGAAGUGAUGAACAGUGUGACCUCCAAGGUUCUGGAACUGAUGGGAAACAAGACCACCGCGUCUGUGACGGUGGGAGACGUGCAGGGGGUUUUUGUGAAGCCUAAAGAUCGGACUAAGCUGGAAUCCGUCUCGUUCAUCUACUCUGAAGGCACAAACCUCAGCAUCAUCCAAGAUAAGACUCAAACUGAAAAGUAUCCCAUGUUGAUCUCGAUACCGAAGGAGGCUUUCGAAAAAGCAGCCAACAUAGACAACAUCACACUGUUCUCCUCUGUGUUCAGAUUCCCCAACUUCACAAAGGAUGCUAAGAACAGCACCGUUCUGAAUAACGAAGUCUAUUCUAUUGAUAUGGGAACCGAAAUCACCAACCUGACCAACACAAUUAGCUUCAUCUUCAGGAGUGUGAAGAAGAAAGACGCCACUCUUCGCUGUCAAUCCUGGGAUGGAAAUGGGUCCAAACCAAACUGGACCACCGAUGGAUGCAACACCACUGAAACUGGGGACAUUGUAACCUGUGAAUGUGUACACUUGACCUUCUUCGCUGUGCUGAUGGUGCCCAACCCAACUGAAACCAUAUCCAGCACUGACCUGAGCAACCUCACCUACAUCACCUCCAUCGGCUGCGGACUCUCCAUCUUCUUCCUGGGCGUAGCUCUCUUCAUGCACUUCCUGUUAAGGAGAUCGAGACAGAGCGAUUCAGUGCACAUCCUCAUAAACCUGUUUGUUUCACUGGUCCUGCUGAACCUGACCUUCCUGACCAAUGAGUAUGUGGCGAACACGGGGAACCUGAUAGGCUGUAAGCUGAUGGCGGGCUUCAUGCACUACUGCCUGCUGACCAGCUUCACGUGGUUCGGUCUGGAGGCUCUCCACCUCUGUCUGCAGCUGGGCCGAAACUCCACACCUAUCAAACACUACCUCACCAAGAUAUGCAUCGCCGGCUGGGCUCCUUCUGCGGUUGUUGUCACCGUCGUCUUCUGUUUGCAAAAAUACAACCAACUAGUCAUUCACGCUGACGACGGAAAGGAUGUGAAGAUGUGCUGGAUCACCGACUCUGCCGUCCAUUACGUGGUGAACAUCGGCUACUACUCGGUAAUCUUCGUCUUCACCUUCACUACCUUUGUCAUCAUGCUGCGAUGGAUCUUCCUCCUCAAAGGCACAGCCGCGAAAAGGCAUGAACCACUCGCCGGCUCUGGUAAGCGCACAACAGGUACCUCCGACGCCCUGACCGUAAUGGGCCUGUGCUGCACACUCGGACUCACCUGGGGCUUCGCCUUCUUCGCCUACGGAGCCCUGCGCCUCCCGUCCUACUACAUCUUCACCAUCCUCAACUCCUUCCAAGGAUUCUUCCUGUUCAUUUAUUAUUACAAGACUAGCAGGUUUGUGGGGGACCAGAUGACCUCAGAGAAGACCAGCACCACCACGGAGGCCACCAGCGUGGAGAACCCGUACGAGAAGCCGAAAUAGUCUUAAGGUACAGAUCACUGGAUGAAACAGGAGCAGCCGUCGGGAAGUGAUGCCACCUGGACUAUAUUCUCUGUGUGAGGACGACUGAGAUGUGAUGUAAGCUAGAAGGCAUGUGUGAGUGUGAUCUUCAGAAGCUUCAUGGGCUGAGUGUGACUUUUAACUUCUAAUUCUACUGAAUGUGUCUAUGAAUGGCAGCAAUAGAUGAUAGUGGUGCACCCUGAAUCUGCUGGUGUAGAAGUUUAACUGUAAAGCUUCUGUGUCAAAGACAAUUGGGAAAAAUAUCGACACCAAAUUCACAGAUAAAUUACUGCGCUUCCUUUACAUUUCCAUGAAAUCCGUCUCGAUUCCAGACUACUACUCAUAUAACUGUGGCUGCUCCAAUCAGGAUGCAGUCUGAUUGGUUUAGAUCACAGCUUUCAUGUUUCCCACCAACAGUGCUGUAAGGAAAACCAUCCUAUUUAUCACAGCAGAAUAUUUAUUACAGAAUAUUGUUGUCUAUAGGAUCAAAAUGACUAGAACAGCCAAAUCAAACAUCCCUCUAUCCAAAUGGUCAACCUGGACCUGUACAAAUACACAGUCCAGCCUGUUCAGUAAAGAUCUUCAGCUUUUAGAUCCUCCAGCUCUGUUCACUGUGGAGCUCCGCACACAAACACAGACACCUGUUUCCAGUUCUUCACUGUAAUGUUAUAUAUAUAUAUAUAUACCACUGAUUUCAUGGAGAUUGUUUUACGUUUAUUCAUUUUCUGUUGGUGUGUUUAUUAUGAAUUUAUUUCUGCUGAUGCGUUUCAACUCAAAUCUAGUCACGUGCGAAAGUUUCGGCAUGUGUUUUACUAAUCUCUGACAAUAAGUGAAUGCACCCUCUACAGAGAGCUUCUAUUUAUUUCCUGAGUAUAAUGUUGCAAAAAAGAAAAUAAACAAGCUGCAGUUUAUGUUUUAUUCUUUCCCUGCAAUAUUAGUAACGUUCAUAUGUCAUAAGCUCCAUUCAGAAGCUGGGCGUCGUGUGAGGCUGUAGCUCUUCUCUCCAGUCUAAUAGACGGUGACGUCAUUUUAAACCCUUAUAAUAAAAGAAGCUGAACUCAAUUUGUUUUGCUCACGACUGAACCCACAGAUUCUGUCUGGCAGUAGACAAAUACACAUUCAUGUGUUCUGAGGAGAGAGUGUUUGGUUUUGGAGAGGCUGUUUUCAGUUUAAUGUAUUUGACAGAUUCUAUUUAGAUAUAUUUAUUUCUGCUCACAGUCGUGUGCAAAAGUUUGAAAUGAUGUGUUUUGUGUUUAAUAUGUGAACAUGUCGUCUACAGAGACACAUCGGGAAACUCUGCACAUUUAAUGAUUUAUUUUCCCCCAGUAUGUUCAGUCCAGCAAAUGAACAGUAUCAGCGGUGGACAGUA